AUGCCACCACCAGUAGGUGCCCCACUCCAUCCACCUCCUGAUGGAGGAUGGGGCUGGGUAGUGGUUGGAGCAGCUUUUAUCUCCAUUGGAUUUUCAUAUGCAUUCCCCAAAGCUGUCACAGUAUUCUUUAAAGAAAUUCAGCAAAUAUUCAACACUACCUACAGUGAAAUAGCAUGGAUAUCCUCCAUUAUGCUGGCUGUUAUGUACGCAGGAGGUCCCAUAAGCAGUGUGUUGGUGAAUAAAUAUGGUAGCCGGCCCGUGGUGAUGGCAGGAGGUUUGCUGUGUUGCGUGGGAAUGGUCACAGCCUCUUUCAGUACCAGUGUAACAGAGCUUUACCUCACUGUGGGGUUCAUUGGAGGUUUAGGGCUAGCCUUCAACCUGCAGCCUGCCUUAACGAUCAUUGGCAAAUACUUCUAUAAGAAACGACCCGUGGCGAAUGGACUCGCCAUGGCAGGAAGUCCUGUUUUCUUAAGUACAUUGGCUCCUUUCAAUCAGUUCCUUUUUAAUACUUUUGGCUGGAAAGGAAGCUUCUUGAUUUUGGGAGGUAUACUGUUGAACGCCUGUGUGGCUGGGGCCCUCAUGAGACCCAUUGGACCCAAACAAACUACUAUCAAGCCUCAAAAUAAGGUUGUCAUGAGAGCAGAUGAUUCAGAUGUGCAAAAAAGCCAUAAGAAGAAGUCACUAUGGGACAAAAUUAAUAAAUAUUUAGAUUUCUCCCUUUUUAAGCAUAGGGGAUUUCUGAUAUACUUAUCUGGAAAUGUCAUUAUGUUUCUAGGGUUUUUUGCCCCCAUCAUAUUCUUGGCUCCUUAUGCUAAAGACAAGGGAAUCGAUGAAUAUUCAGCAGCUUUCUUGCUGUCUGUUAUGGCUUUUGUUGAUAUGUUUGCUAGGCCUUCUGUAGGAUUUAUCGCAAACUCCAAAUUUAUCCGACCCCGAAUCCAGUACUUCUUCAGUUUGGCAGUCAUGUUCAAUGGCGUGUGUCAUCUCCUGUGCCCGCUGGCAGAGGACUACACGAGCCUAGUGAUAUAUGCUAUAUUUUUUGGCCUUGGAUUUGGGAGUGUUAGCAGUGUCCUCUUCGAAACGCUCAUGGACCUUGUCGGUGCACAAAGGUUUUCCAGUGCAGUGGGACUCGUCACCAUUGUGGAAUGUUGUCCAGUUCUUCUUGGCCCUCCUCUUGCUGGCAAAUUGGUGGAUGAAACUGGACAAUAUAAAUACAUGUAUCUGGCCUGUGGAUCUAUUGUGUUCAUAUCAAGCGUUUGGCUGCUUAUUGGCAAUGCUAUAAACUAUAGAUUGCUGGCCAAAGAAAAGAAUUUGGAACAAGCGAAGAAGAAAAUGAACAAAACUGAGUGCAAAGAAUCUGAACCGUUGAACAAAUCUGAACAUCAUGAUGAUAAUGUCCAAAAUAUGAGACCAAGGAGUAGUCUUUCAGAGAGAGAAACUAAUAUUUAGCAAGAGUCACAUCGCUGAUCUCAGUGUUUAUGACUUUCUUAUGAGUAUUUUUUUUUCCAAAAUAUUGGAAAGGUUUUUAAUUGAGAUGUGGAGUCAUCAUUAAGGAUGGAGAUGAGAUUUUCCUCAGUGGCAAAUGUUAAAUAAGUUUGCUUUUUAAAAUUUAUCUGGGCAGUUAAAUUUUGAGACUAUGCAUAUAAAGAAUCCAUGCAAUGGGUUUAUUACCAUACAUGACUCCGCUUGUGGUGAUUAAAAUCAUUUUUAGUCUUCCAGUGAGUCCAGAUUUAAUUACAGAGAUCUAAAUCCCUUAUCUCUGGUUUAAGUAGUAGAAGGAGUAUGUUUAACCCCAUAAGAAAGCCCUCUCCAUAUUUCAUUUUUUAUUUGAUAUUUAAAUAUAAAAUGGAAAUGAAGGAAAAUAAAUUUUUCCCUUUUGCAUGUAUGUGUGCCCAAAACACACACACAUUCUCACAUACUCACAUGCACACAGAGCAUCUGGAAAACAAAAGACAAAUAUGUCAAAAAAUAUUUACCACUGUACUUUUCAUUUUACUGUAAAUCCAUGGAGAAAAUAGAAAUGUGUAUCUGCAUACUACUUUAUAAGUGGAUUUUAUAAAGAUAAGAACAUGGGUGAAGAUUAAGAUGAUCUUAAUUUGAAAAUGUAACUAACUGUUGUAAAAAGAACAUUUCCAUAUACCAAGUAAGUCUGAAAAAAAGAAAAAAACUCCAUUUUAGACUAUUAUCUCUGAGCACUGUUAUGUUUGAUCAAUCCAUGAACAUGAUUUCUUUAAGGGGGGCCAUUAGUACCUGGUGCUAGAGAACAAAGCCCUCAAAUAAUUUUCAAAAUUCUUACCUAAUAUGUAAAUCAAAUUAAAAGCCUAAAUGACUCCUAGCAAUGAGCUAUAUGCAUUGAUUUUUAAAAGAUUUUAGUUAGUAAUCCAGAAAGUAAUACCAGGGACUUCUUUUAAUCAGAACUCAGUCCAGACUCAUUGUCACACUGAGACAUCAUAGUGGAAUCAACCACAAUCCUGAUUGGCAGGCUUACAAGUAGGCCUAAUUCUAACUUUUCACAGCUCAUAGCCAGUGAUCAGAGGAUUAUUGUUAUAAGUAAUCCAAAUGAGUAAAGCUUACUAAAAGUAGGAGGUGCUUAUAAUGAGCCUUCUAUGCUCCCUCAUUUUCCUCUCCUCCCCAAAAUGCAAAAGCAAAAAGCAAACCCCAGUAGGCGUUUUACUCAGCCACUAAAAAUGCUUCAUAUUAUACGAAUACCAGCACUUGAAGAGUCUGCCCUCUACUGGUUAGACUUCCUGCUUCCUGUGAAUACAACUAAACCAGGAAAUGAGAAAUAAACACUUGUAAACUGGAAGCUGUGUGUGACGUGGUAUACACUUGGGAAGUGUAGGUAUGGUUUAUAAUACAUUAGCAAGAAGUUUUCUAUGUUGCAGCCCAGGUUAAUUGAGCAGUUUCUCAUUUUCAUAAUUAUGUGAAAACACCUAGAAUCUGAAUCACUCUUGAAUCUAGAGGCAUAUGAUAGUUCUGUGUGUUCAAAACCAUUUUGAGUGAUAAAGUAUUUUUAAAUAAGAAAUACUGUGUGCAUUAUGGCUCGAUUUGUGAGUUUUUACACCUAUACAUCAGAGGUUUAAGAUCGUGAUUAAUGAAAAGCAUUUAGUGCUUGAUUACUGAAGUGAUGUCCCUCUUUAAGAUAUCAAAAGGAAUUUUUUUUAUUGCAGUAGAGGCCAGUGCUCUUCAUAUUUCCUAGAAAAUUAUACCUGAAUACCAAGCUUUUGUGAUGUUUAACAUUAGGGAAUUGAUUUGUAAAAUUUAUGCACUGUUUAAGCAUGUGGCUCAUCCAUAGGAAGCUAUAUAAAAUUUCAUUUUUCAUUUAACAUUCCCUUUUUUAAAUUUGAAGAGGUAUUUGCAUUUUUUAAAUAUUAGAUAAAACAAUAUGUGCCAAACCAUAGGUGAACAAAUCAAGAAAAAUGUGGCAGUAUUGGCUGUUUUUAAUUUAAUUUCACCCAAUGUUCAGUCUUGAAUGAGCUGUUUUCAUUAUUAGUGUUUUUGUAUCCAUCCGUAACUCAUCACAAGAAAUGUGGCAUCAUAAAUUAUGUACUAAGUCUCCAAUCUUAAACAUUUCCAGAAAAUGUACUGAAUUCUUUGAAAAUACAUAUUUAAAUUAAUAUAGCUAUCAGACCCCAGGAGGAAAUUAAACAACAAAGUAAUUUUCAAGGGGCGUUAGGACUAAGGCUGCAGUCCCUUUUAACACAUGCUGGUAGAGACACGCUGGUGGAUACGUUCCAGUGACUCCUUCCAUAGAAGGACAUUUAUUUUCUCGUGAGUUUCUUGUUAAGUCAAAACUAAUUUGUAUUUGUUCUUUUGCUCUCUGGUCAUCUUCAUUAACUUUUCAUUUCUAACACUGAUUAUCUUAAAUUAUUAAAAAAUAAAAGGGAAGUGAAAUUGCACAUUCAAAGCACAUGAGGAGACGUAUACAGCAAUGCCUGGCAUAGCACUAUACAAAGCUACAGAUCACACACAUAAUUCCCAUACAUAAAUGUUGAAAAUUAAAUUAGAACACACUUGAAACAGUGUUGUAGGCCCACAUAUGGUAUUCAAAAUUGUUCCAAGGGAAAAUUAAUUUUCUAGGUGUUCACUUUUCCUUGCACUUGUUAGAAUAUAUGCUAUUUGAACAGAAUCUUUCAAAGGUUGAGAAGAAAUUAUCAGCCUAGAACACUAAUUAUUAUGUAGUCACAUAAAUGGAGGAGGAAGUACAGUUAACAUCUGUGUCUGCAACAAUUGGUGUAGAACAUAUUUCUUCCCCAAGGGACUAACAGGUUUUCGAUGUUCAAGAAAUCAUGAGUAAGAUCAGAACAUACCAUCAAUAUCCCUUUUAGUCCCAUUCCUCCAUUAUGGAAUUGUACAGAAGGAAGAUUAUCAUAAACAAGGGUACUGAAAUAAUUUGUGAUCACUGGCUAGUGUAUUUUUCUGUUUGUGAUGAAUAAGCCCCCAGUAUGUCUCACCAUUUAACCUUAAAUAUGCCUACACUGGUUAAUGAACAGAAUAUUGGGUAUAGACUUGUCCUGGCCUAUUAUUCCCACCCUCUUUUCCGAUCCUUUUUGGAUUCAGUCAACACACUGAGAGGCAGUGGAUCAGGCUGUUAGUGUAUGUCACCUUGGAGACUAUGUUUUCUCAGUGUAAACUCACGGCUCAUCAGUUUCAUUCACCCACUUUAUCUCAUACCACCCCCACCCCAGACACUAGGAAGUAAGUAAAAUAACUAGGUUUGAUAUAUUUGACUAUGCACUUUUAAAAAAUUGUUAUUUUUUUACUCAUUUUUCUCUGGCUGCACAUGACAAUCAAGUUUGAAAAAAAAAAUGGAUGAUGUAAAUGUCAGUUUUUAUAUUGAGGUUGUAGGAUGUAGUGAUAUCCUUAACCAGUUAGUUGGAAUAUUUCCCAUCCAAAAACACCUCAAAAAAAAAGCUCUCAUUUGUAUCAUGUUUCAGAUUUUUAAUAAAAUACAAAGUCAUGAUUGUUAGGCUCAAUUUAAUGCAAAAGGAGAAGGGAACUAAUAUUUAUGUGUCAUGUAUUUUGCCUACAUACUACUUUUUGAUAUUCAAACCAAUCGUGUGGAGGCUGUUGGCCUCAUGUAAUAAUUGAAACAAAACAAAAAACGCAUGCAAAGAAGUUCAGCGAAUUAUCCAAAGUUAAAAGCUAGUGUGUGGGAGAACCAGAACAAAAACUCAGGUUUAUAUAAAAACAGGAAAAACCCCUGGGGUAUCACUACCAUGUUGCUUCCCUGUAGAAACUGUAGAAGCGAAAGUAGAUAAAAUACAGAUAUGAAAAAAUUAAACCCUAUAUGGUGAAUCAAUUAGGCUUAAUAGCAAUUUGCAUUGAUUUAUUCAGUGUUUAUUAAUGACUGCAUUUUCUGUAACCUGAAUAUAUAAUUUCAGGUUGCCUGCUUUUCUAGCCAAUGCAAAUUAUCCCAUCUAAUGGUAAUGAUUAUAUAAUAGCCAUGAUUGUUUUAAUGUGACUUUUUCAUAAGAAUAACGAUAUGCUUAUAUGACUCAGGCCUAAUGUGUUUUCCCUGAGGUUGGAUUUAGAAGAAAAAUGUUAUUUUCUUUAUGGAUAAGUAAUUCCCAUUUUGGUUGCUACGGAUUAUGAUUCAAAAUAAAAAGUACUUACUAUGAAACUUUAUAUUCGUAACUAUAAUGAGUCCCAUAUAGAGGAUUGUCCCAAACUACCACAAAUGUUUUUAAAGUUUGUGAGAUACAAAUGCUUUGGUUCAUCUGUACAAUAUAUAUUAACUUUCAUCAUUUAAUACAAACUCCCCCUACACCCUAACUCAUUUUUCACGUGUCCAGAGCAUCUGUAUUUCCAUCCUCCUUUCUGUCCACUUGUUGUAUAGAGGCAACACAUGCCACUGCCUUUGUCCUGUCCCUCUAGACUUGUCACAUCCUUAGAAUAUUGUUCUCCUUAGCUCUGUUUCAGAAUGUACACUUCUAAUGUUUUAUGUGUAUCACAGAGUCACUCGUGCUGCAUCUGGCCUUAUUUGUGAUUUGCAGGAAUGGCUGUAUUCCUGGAGUCAACCCUAUAUACUCUGGGCCACCACCACUCAUCUUCACAAACAAGGGAACCCGUGUUACUUUAGGAUCAAUUGAGGUUUCCUAGACAAGGAAGCGUGCUUAUAUUCUACAAGACUGUUUAUUAUUAUGAGUCUUCCUUAUGCAUGAUAAAUAUACAAUUGAAUAUGAUUUUUAAGAAUAUAGAAAAAUUGAUCUUCCUGUCAUUGGCACUUGCUAUCUGUGGAUCUUUCUAAUUUUCUUGACGUAUCACAACUUGGAGAAACAAAGCUUACCCAUCACAGCAUAGCACCAUUACAAACCCUCCUGUAGGCUCUUCCAGUGUGGUGGCAUCAUAUCAACUAGAUUCCUUACCACAACAAUUCACAGUACCAAAGAGCAUUAAAAUGACAGAUAAAAAGUGAAAUUACAGUCUUUAUUCAUCUCACUUUUUUUUUUUUUUUGGUUUUGAUUUCUGCAUACCCAUGUGCAUGGUCUCAUGUUUGAGAAUGCACUUAAAAACUAGAAGGCCAAUUAUCAAUAAUUAUAAUGCUUGUAUAACCAGAAUUAUAAACUCUCCUUGUUGACAACUGAAAAUAAAUAAUUUGCUGAGCUCACUUCUUUUUUGCAGUUCAGAUUUUCUCUUCUUUGCAAUCAACUGUCCACUGAGUUUCUCUACAAGGUGCUGUGAUCUGUGAUUUAUUUUAGUCUUCUCUCUCCUACUGCUUUUCACUUUCAUUUAUUGCAGUUCAUGAAAGAAGUACAGCAUUGAGAAUCACAAUUUUAGGUCUCUGCCUUAAGUGGAAAAAUAAUAUUGCAAAAAAGAAUUUUUGAGUUUAGUGGAGCAUGUGGGAAUAUUUUUAGACCAAACUGUUUUUCCCACCCCAAUCCUGUGCUUUACCUCCUACCUUCCUUUUUUUUUCUUUUUUUCCUAUAAUUAUUUUUAAAAAAUAUUUCCCUCUCAUUGUUUUCACAAAGUCUAGGUCUUCUUCAAAAUUUUUUCAUCUAAUUAUGGACAUUCUUAGCACAGAAUUUUUGCUUCUUUAGCAGGCUUUCUUAUGCUUCAAUUUGCAUGAGCUCCAUGAUUUUCACUCUUCAUACAUAAAUGUUAAUAAGAUUAGUAAUAUUCAGGAGUAUUUUCUUAGGCAGUUAUUCCAUGAUCAUAAAUUCAAUGCCAUUUCAGCAAAUAUUUUUUCUUCACAUGGCAAAAUAAGCUUUUUUGUUUCCUUAUUUUUAACUCAAACAUGUCAAGGUAAGUUAGAAAACCUGUGGAUGAGAACACUCAUACUCAAUAUUCUAUUAGGGCUUAAGUUGAUAAAUGCUGUUCAGAUGAACAGAAUAGUGGGAUUCUUAUGUGAAUUUCAGGGUGAGAUGUUAAAACAUAUUCUGACUAAGCCUUUCAUUCUGGAUUUGUUGUUUUUCGUAUUCAUCUAAAAUGUUUUUUAAGUUAGACCUACCUUAUACAGCUUGGUCAUUAGAGUAAAAAUUUUGACAUACUACUUAAUAGACUUUAUUUUUCUACCAUAUGCUUUCUAUUUUUAACUAAAGAAUAUUUCUGAAUUUAGGGAGAAAGGACAUGUGAAUUAAAAUGUUUGUUUUCUAAGCGUUAGAUGUAAUUGCAAUUUAACUUGUAUUGCAUUUUGUUUCUGAUAUAUUUGUGUAUCAAAAGAUAGACUUAAAUAAUUCAUUUGAGCAUCUCAAACAUCUACAUUAGGUUUGUUAGAUACCCACAUUUUUACAGAAUAAGACUAGAACAGGUUAGGGGUUUUGCCUAAACAUGUAUCUGUCCUUCGAGUAAAUACAGGGUUGGAAAUUGUACCUAGGUCUUUUGACCCCUAACCCAUUUUUUUCUCCAUUUCAGUACAUAAACCAUCCUAUUUGUAAUCAUGAACUUUAUAGAGUGAAUACAUAUUUUCCUGGAAACACUCUAACCCUACUUGAUAAAAUCUUUAUUGUCAAAAUGAAUAUAUUUCUCCUAACUGAAUCAUACUUUGCAGAAUCAUACUUGUAAACUUAAUUUGAAGAAUAAUUGCUGAUUUCCACAGCAGGUAAUUCCAAGUUGAACCUAAUAACUAGUAGGAUUUUGCACAAUAUAUGUUGCUGUAGCAAUAUCUAAGUCAUUUAAAAAAAUACCAAUAAUGUGUUUAUAGAAUCCAUGUGACAGUAUUCCAUUAAUUCCAUUUUUUUGCCUAUGCUUAUAUUUUAUUUUAGAAGCAUCAUUUACUUGUUUCCUAGAAUAAUGCCAGAGUACAGAACACACAGUACAAGUUUUUUACAUUAUUAAGUCAUAUGCAAGAAAUGAUGCCAUCAUAUAACCUUAAGGAGAACACCCCCAAAAUAUUUCUUGAUCCUAAGAAACUGAAGAUGGUUAAAAUUGUUAGGAUAAGAUCUAGCUAAAAAACUCUUGCUUGUUAAAAGGUCAUUCUAUGUAAUUAACACUGAAACCUGUAACAGGUGCCUGGCAACAGGAAAACUAGAGUUUCGUCUAUCUUAGAGAUACCAUCUACCUCCAUCCCCAUCUUAUUGAGAUAUUCUAUCUGGAUUUAUCCCUUUAGAUUCCCUUCCAGAAAAGACAACAAGUCACUUCUAAAUAAAAGAUCCCUGGUGAAGGAAAGUAGGUGCCUGUAGGCAUUCACUCUGUAAAAAGUGUAAAAGCAGUAAUCUAUUCAGUAUUUGUUGGCUUAGUUCAUCAAGGAUAUUUACCCGAAGAAAACACCUUAAUAAAAGUUUGGAUAAACUCAUGCAUCACAGUAAAAUCUUCAGUGAACAGGGUCCUAAACCCAUUGGCAGUCGGUGAUGUUUGGUUAGACUCAGCCCAGGUGGCAAUGCCCUUACUGUCUCUGUCACGCGUUGUGGCAAGCCCUAGUGGCGUGAGUGUAUCAGCGAAAUAUAAGGUCCCUUUGUGAUGAUAUAGGUGAGGUUGCACGUUACUUAAAUAUGUGUUGACUAAAGAAGUUACCAUGUUGAAGAUGGAGGAGCAGGACCUUUCCAAAUAUUUGCUAAAAUUUACAUUUGAAUUGAAACUUUUUAUUUAAAAGCCCUUCCCUCCAAAGAUUUUAGACGUGUGUGUAGGUUAAUAUUUCCUAGAAUGAACUAUUCCCCAUUUGGGGGGAAUUUUUGAAAACAUUUUAUUUACUACUAAGACUGAUUUGAUAAGUCUGUUUUAUCCCAUUAUUACAUUUGGGAAAAUGUCAAAAGUCAGAUUAUUGUGAUAAAAGUUACACAUGAUGACAGAUUGCUAACAAGACAUAUAUAAGACAUUCCUUGGCAAUAGCCACACCUAGCUACUUUUUCCAAGAAUUAUUCAGGGAUUGGAUUGGGAGGUAGAAUUAUUUUUAAAUAUAAUUAUAUCUUAGGCUAUAUUUUUACAAUUUUUAAGUGAAAAAAAAUCUACAUAUAGUUGCUUUGUUCCAUAGGCAUCUUAAAGACCAAGUGAUCAUCCUAUCACGAUGUACCAGCUAUGAUCGCUGUGAUAGUGAAAUAAAGACCAGGGUGGCUCUGCUUAACACUAAGCUGAUCCAGUUAGUUGUUUUUACAUGUACAUAUUUCAUUUUUCAAAAUAUCAAAUUAAGGUAUAAACCAGUUGAAAUGCCUGUCCAAGUUUGAAAAUACAAAAACCCUCUUCUUUUUGCCUUCUUACAGAUGAAUGUACUUAAAGUGAUUGUGAUUUAGUCUUGGAAUAUCUAUUUCUGUAAGUUUUCCACAUAUGCUCUGAACUUGGCAAUAAAACAUGGAAAAAUUUAACUGAAAAGGAAAGAUCUGCAAUUUUCAUAUGAGUACAUGUUUUGUUUUAAUGAACCAUAAGUAGAUUUAUUUAAAUCAGGAAUAUAUUAUAUUGAUCAUUUUAAAAGUAUAUUCAGUUCAAUAUGUUCCUACUUUACUUUUAAGCAAACUUGUUUGACUACUGAAUCAUUUACCACUUACCUUUAAUUUAUGCUGUCUGUGUUGUAGUUUCUAAGUUUCACUACAUAACUAAUUUGAAACCAAAUAUCGAAUUCCUCAAUGGGAAUACAUAUUGUGCCUGUGGUUUUGAAUGUAUUGUCAAGUUCAUCUCUUUCUUACUAGACUGUGAGCUCCUUGUGGACAAGGACAUAGUAUUAGUUUAUGGUAACAGCUUUAAUGCUUGGCAAAGUGCCAAGCAGAGAAUAAUUCUUUUAUUGAAUUCUACAGUAUUCUGUGACACAGGUUGAAUGUAUAUUAGAGGAGUUUGCUGGCUAGUUUUCAAAUUACAAAGUAGAAAACAAACACCUGUCGUAUUUUCUUUAUCUUAAAAUUUAAAGAUCUUGAACAUUUCAAUUUUAUAUUGUCAGUAAACAUUCUAUGCAAAUGUUGAAAUAUGCAGCAGCUGAACUUUAUGGUGCAUAUUAACUAGUUUUAUUUUCUGUACAGAAUCAGAAAUGCUAGUUAGAAUUCCUGGAAAUAAAUGUUAACAAUCAUUUUAUUGACCGAAGGUGCUACUUAUUUUCCAAUUGACAUUCAUCACGAGCUCUCCUGUCUGCUAAGAUUUCUUUCUUUUUUUUGGCAGGAGCAGGCAGGCAGAGGAGUACCAAAAAAAUUAGAAUAUUCUUUUUUCUGAAUUAUGCAGUUUAGCACUGUAUGUGUUCCUUUGUACUCUUAUCAUUGUAUUUUAAUUAUCAUUUCUUAUUGCUCACUAAUUUUUAUUGCAAGCCUAUGCUGUUUCUUAGGAAGUAUAUGCAUAUAUAUUUAUAUAAUAUGUAAGAAAAAAAACUGUACUGCUUGUUAAAGUGACAAAUAAAUGUUCAUGUUAAAUUUUGAAA